UUUGUUUCAAGUGUAAGCCCACAUGCACAAGUUACAGGCGUCACAAUCUGCAUUACACGAAAAGCACGGAGUGGUCAUCGUAUCAACUAAAGAAUCCGUCAGAAUAAGACUCGCAACUCUUAAGGAAAAGCAUCCAUCACUCCUCAUCACUCACUCUCGCUACAGCAGCCUUCUCGGACUGCUAGCAAACGUUGACAACAGCAAGCACUCUGGAAAAGAAAAUAUGGCAAUGGCUGGGCGUCUGAGAUUGGUUCCCUCUCUCCGAAAUCGGAUGCUGAGAUCGAUGUCUGCCUCUAUUGCCGGACCCGCCGUUCAACGCUCCGUUCUCUGCCGUGCUUUCACAUCUGAGGUAUGCAUGAAAACUGAGAGUCUUGCUGCUCGGCUACGUAAUGCAGGGCUAUUACGAACUCAGGGUCUUAUUGGUGGAAAGUGGACUGAUGCAUAUGAUGGGAAGACAAUUCAGGUUCAUAAUCCAGCGACUGGUGAAGUUAUAGCAGAUGUCCCAUGCAUGGGUGGAAAUGAGACAAAGGAUGCGAUAUCAUCUGCUCACGAUGCAUUUCAAUCCUGGAGCAAACUCACUGCCAGUGAGAGGAGCAAACAUUUACGAAGAUGGUUUGACUUACUAAUUGCCCACAAAGAGGAACUUGGACAACUAAUAACCUUGGAACAAGGGAAGCCUCUCAAAGAAGCCAUAGGUGAGGUUAGCUAUGGAGCCAGUUUCAUUGAGUUCUUUGCGGAGGAGGCAAAACGUGUAUAUGGUGACAUAAUCCCAGCUACUCUUGGUGAUCGUCGGUUACUUGUUCUGAAGCAGCCUGUAGGUGUUGUUGGAGCAAUUACGCCCUGGAAUUUUCCCUUGGCCAUGAUCACUCGUAAGGUUGGUCCGGCCCUCGCUUGUGGUUGUACAGUGGUUGUAAAGCCCUCUGAACUUACACCUCUCACAGCCUUAGCAGCAGCAGAGCUAGCCCUUCAAGCUGGAAUACCGCCGGGUGUUCUGAAUUUGGUCAUGGGAAAGGCUCCUGAUAUUGGAGAUGCUUUACUUGCAAGUCCACAGGUUAGAAAGAUCACAUUUACAGGCUCAACUGCUGUGGGAAAGAAGUUGAUGGAAGGUGCUGCUAGGACUGUUAAAAGGGUGUCUCUGGAACUUGGUGGGAAUGCACCCUGCAUUGUAUUUGAUGAUGCAGACCUUGAUGUGGCAGUAAAAGGAUCACUUGCAGCAAAGUUCCGUAAUAGUGGACAAACAUGUGUCUGUGCAAAUCGAUUAAUCGUACAAGAAGGUAUCUAUGACAAAUUUGCUGAGACUUUUUCAAGAGCUGUUCAGAAUUUGCAAGUUGGGGAUGGAUUUACUGAAGGUGUGGCCCAGGGUCCAUUAAUUAAUGAAGCUGCUCUGCAGAAGGUUGAAUCAUUUGUUCAAGAUGCCAUCUCAAAGGGUGCAAAAGUUCUUAUCGGAGGCAAAAGACAUAGUUUGGGGAGGACUUUCUAUGAGCCUACUGUAAUUAGUGAUGUCAAGAGUGAGAUGGUUGUAUCCAGAGAGGAAGUAUUUGGACCAGUGGCACCGAUAUUGCGGUUCAAGACUGAGGAGGAAGCUAUCUCUAUUGCUAAUGACACCAAUGCAGGAUUAGCAGCAUAUAUUUUCACGAACAAUACACAACGUUCAUGGCGUGUCGCUGAAGCUCUGGAGUAUGGACUCGUAGGCGUCAAUGAAGGACUUAUUUCAACAGAGGUGGCUCCAUUUGGAGGAGUAAAACAGUCUGGUCUAGGAAGGGAAGGCUCCAAGUAUGGGAUGGAUGAAUAUUUGGAGCUCAAAUAUGUAUGCUUAGGAGAUAUGAACAGAAAAUGAGAUGCAAGGUAGUAGCGGCUUGUAACUUUCAAAAGAAUCGAUGAGCAGUAGAAAGAUCUUUGCAGCUUGUGUAUAUAAAUAAUUGUUACUUGCUCGAUGAUCUGGAAGACAUAAUUGCAUAGUCUGUUGUAUCACACAGUUUCUCCCUUCCUGCUCAAUGUGCUGAAUGCUCAUUUCUCAUCAUUUUCUCUAUUUUCAUGUGCAAAUGGACUAUUCUACAA